AUGAACGAUAUCAACUGCAACAAAAUAAACAUAGAGGAAUACUUCGAAGAAGCAUGUCAUGGUGAUGCAGAUGUAGGAAAACCUUCUACAAAUAUUGAGACGGUUAUAAUAAGAGAAGGGGUAAACAAUAACAUGAACGAUAUCGAAUACAACGAAAUAAGUUCAAAUGACACCAUGGAUGAUAAUGAAAUAAACGUGAAAGAAUACUUCGAAGAAGCAUGUCAUGGUGAUGCAUAUGUGGAAGAACUCUCUAUGAAUAUUGAGACGGUUACAAUAAGAGAAGGAAAAUUGGGUCGUAGUACUAUGAUUGAAACAGGAGACGGAAAGAUUAUGAGGAAAAGGACCGUUCUUUGUCGCCACUCUGGUCGAUACCAGUCAACAAACCCUACAAAAGCUAGAAAGUCAGUUAAAUCAGAAUGCCAAUGGCAUGUAAACCUUUCACGGCCGUUCAAGCAAAACCCAAACAACUACGUCUAUGUAACAACAUUGAAAGAUGAACAUAACUAUGAGAUGUGCCCUGAAGCACUCCAAUUUGAAAGGAAUAAGGCGUUCACAAAGGAAAUGCAAGAAGAUGUUGAAUUCUAUGUGAAACGGUGUCGUUUUGGCGCAACUUUGAUUAGGAAAGUUCUAAAAGAAAAAUAUCCUUCUCAUCCUAUUUUCUCCAAGGAUCUAUAUAAGGAGAUUAGAAAGCAUAAACCAUCAGUACAAGUUAACGAAGCAACAAGGGGGCAAGCACCUGGUGUAAUAAUUACUGAUGGUGACCCUGCCAUGGAACGUGCUAUAAUGAUUGAAUACCCAACUAGUCAUCAUCUUACCUGUAUAUGGCAUCUCAAAGAGAAUCUUAAGAAAAUGCUUCGUGGUAAACUGGGUACAGAGUUUGAUGCAUUUUAUUCAGAUUUUUGGAAGUGUCGUAAUGGAAAUACACCUGAAAUUUUUAAUCAUUAUUGGAAAAGAUACUUAUAUGAAAGACGUAGAUCUUGGGCAAGAGGAUUUAUGCCGACAUUGUUCACACUGGGGAUUGAAUCAACUUCAUUUGUUGAGAGUGAAAAUGCAUGCAUUAAGUGUGUCCUUGAAAGCAGCAAUACGUCUCUUUGCGACCUUGCCAAGGUUCUUUUGGAUCGUGUUGAAUCUAGAGCUAUUGAAAAACAAUACGAUAUGAUCAAUGUUCCUUUAACUACAAAUUGUGUAACAAUUUUUCCAACAAUAGAAGCAGCUGUUACACACUAUCUAUGCCCAAAAGUUACACAAUUCACAAUCAAUCAAAUGAAAGAAUGCGUUUACUACACAGCACAGCAUUCUAGUAUUGAAGAGAUUGAAAAUACACCUGAAGUUGAACCAUCCGAAAGUGAAAAUUUUGAGGAUGAACUGGAUAGUGUUCUUGCAUGUGCACGGCUUCUUUUGCAUCAAUUGCACUGCAUUAAUAUUGCAGAAAUUUGA